AUGCUAUACUAUAUAUACAAUUCCUCUAAUAUUAAUAUAUGUAAUAUAAAGAAAAAAAAAUUCGGGGACCUGUGCAGUGGCGCCACUUGUGCCACCCCAGGGCCGCCCCUGAUUUACAGCCAAGAUGAUUAUAAUCAUCAUGAGAUCAAGUCCUAUGCUCCGAAGUGCAGCUCCGCUCAGACGCUUCCAGGAUGUGCUCAACAUCCAAUUCACAAGCACUCCGUAAGGAUGGCUUAUCAUGAUGGGCUAACCAUCACAAAACCAAAAUUGGUUUGCGGUGCCAUUAAAAGACGUAGAGAAACUCCCUGA